UACAUUUUAUAAUAGGCAAUCCAACAUACACCUAAACUUCGGUUACUUUCGCCGCGUUCGUUUACAUGCGCUGGAGAAACGUCAAACUUGCGCGUGCGCGCGGUGAUCUCUCUCUUUCAGUCGCGAAACGUGUGGUGUCCACAUAAAAAGCCUUCAAGAUGGGUAAGGGUAAUAAUAUGAUUCCGAAUGGCCAUUUCCAUAAGGAUUGGCAACGCUUCGUCAAGACCUGGUUCAACCAGCCAGCGCGUAAGUUCAGGAGGAAACAAAACCGCGUGAAGAAGGCGCGCGAUAUUGCACCAAGGCCCGCUGCAGGUCCCCUGCGCCCUGUGGUCAGGUGCCCCACUGUCAGAUAUCACACCAAAGUCCGUGCUGGACGUGGUUUCACUUUGCAAGAGCUUAAGGCUGCAGGUUUAAACGCUGCGUUCGCUCGCACUAUUGGCAUCGCUGUUGAUGUACGUCGCCGCAACAAAUCCGUCGAGUCUACGCUCGUCAACACUCAGCGUCUUAAGGAAUACAAGGCUAAGUUGAUCCUGUUCCCUAAGGGCAACAAGAAAUUGAGGCCUCUGGAAGCUGAUGAGGAGAAACGCAAGGUCGCUUCUCAGCUCAUGACUGAGGUGCUGCCGAUCCGUCGCCACCCUGCUCUCAGGGUUAAGGCGCGCGUGCCCACUGAGGAAGAGAAGAAAUUCAGCCCAUUCCUCACUAUCAGAAAGGCCCGCGCUGAUGCACGCCUUGUUGGAAUCCGCGCCAAGCGCAUUAAGGACGCGACCGAGAAUCCCGAUGAUGUGACAAAGGCAGGCGGUAAGGAUAAGAAGGCGGCCAAGAAGUAAUUUGUAGAAAAAUAAAUGAAUUCAAUAUAUUUAAACGUAUUGAUAAA